AGUCUCUCUGGGCUGUGCAGGCUACUACGGCCGGACCCGUGCAGGAACAAAGGACCCUUUUCUUCAGCUUUUGCUUCGUACUCCGGAGUGCAGCUUCAUUGCUCUGCUGGAUUAGAUCACCUCACUCUCCCUGGGCCAAUACCUGUAUUCACCGUUCAAAUCCCAAGUCUACGAUUACACCAUAGGGUUUUCCCAUGGUGAUCUGUGUGACCAAUGUUAUUACAAAGACGCUAGAACUAACUAAAUCCGAACUGAUAAUUUGAAUCAUUCCUUUCAAAGUCUUUUACUUUUGGUGCGAAGAUGCAAGGGUUUGCGGCAGCAGGUGGACCGAUAGAUUUGGCCCAACUUCAGUCUACCAUGCAAGCUAUCGAACUAGCUUGCUCUUCCAUUCAGAUGCAUAUCAAUCCAGCAACAGCUGAGGCAACUAUAUUGUCACUACGACAGUCACCUCAGCCAUAUAAAACUUGCCAAUUCAUUCUUGAAAAUUCCCAGGUAGCAAAUGCGAGGUUCCAAGCAGCUGCAGCAAUCCAUGAAGCAGCUAUUAGAGAAUGGGGUUUUCUUACUUCUGAUGACAAGAGAGGCCUGAUUAGUUUUUGUAUAUGCUAUGUCAUGCAGCAUGCCAGCUCUCCUGAUGGCUUUGUCCAGUCAAAGGUUUCUUCUGUUGCCGCUCAACUGAUGAAAAGGGGUUGGCUUGAUUUUACGACUGCAGAGAAAGAGACAUUCUUUUAUCAGGUGAACCAGGCUAUCAUGGGUAUUCAUGGGUUAGAUAUGCAGUUUGCUGGAAUCAACUUCCUGGAAUCAUUGGUAUCAGAAUUUUCCCCAUCUACCUCAAGUGUCAUGGGUCUUCCAAGGGAAUUUCAUGAGCAGUGUAGGAGCUCUCUUGAGCUAGACUACCUGAAGACGUUCUACUGUUGGGCACAAGAAGCUGCUUCCAAGGUCACAAAUAGGAUUGUUGAAUCUAACGCUGCUGUACCUGAGGCUAAGGUUUGCACUGCUUCGUUGCGUCUCAUGUUUCAAAUCCUGAACUGGGAUUUUCGUCACAAUACUGGUGAGGCAAAAGGCAGUCUGAAUGUCUUCUCUGCUGGAGUUAGGCAAGAUGGGGAUUCUCCAAGAAGGUCUGAAUGUAGCUUAGUGCAGCCCGGUCCAGCUUGGCGUGAUGUUUUAGUGUUAAGUGGUCACGUUGGAUGGCUUUUGAAAUUGUAUGCAGCAUUGAGGCAGAAAUUUUCAUGUGAAGGCCACUGGCCUGACAGCCCUAUCGCUGCCUCUGCAAGAAAACUAAUUGUACAAUUUUGCUCCUUGACAGGAACUUUAUUUGACUAUGAUAUGAAAAUGCAUGAGCAGCAUCUUCUGCAACUCUUAUGUGGGAUAAUAGACUGGGUAGAUCCUCCUGGUGUUGUUUCAAAGGCUAUUGAAGAUGGGAAAAGUGAAAGCGAAAUGCUUGAUGGUUGUCGUGCAUUAUUGGCCAUUGCAAGUAUAACAACUCCAUACAUUUUUGACAAUCUUCUAAAAUCCAUAAGGCCCUUCGGCACUCUUACCUUUCUGUCAAUGCUGAUGUCCGAAGUAAUUAAAGUCCUCAUGACUAACAACACAGAAGAGGAGACUUGGAGCUGGGAAGCGCGUGAUGUCUUAUUGGAUACUUGGACUGCCCUUCUCAUGCCAAUGAAUGCUGUCACUGGGGAUGCUCUGCUUCCAUCAGAAGGGAUAAAAGCAGCAGCCAAUCUCUUUGGCUUUAUUGUAGAAUGCGAGCUAAAAAUGGCUGCUGCAUCAGCAUUUAAUGAUGAAGCGGAGACAAACUAUCUUCAUGCUUCCAUAUCUGCCAUGGAUGAAAGGCUAAGUUCUUAUGCUCUUAUUGCAAGAACUGCAGUUGAUGCUACAAUUCCUUUGCUCACAAGACUAUUUUCUGAGCGGGUUGCAUGCCUUAAUCAGGGCAGGGGCAUUAUUGACAUGACUGAAACAUUGGAAGAACUUUAUUCAUUGUUGUUGAUUAUUGGGCAUGUAAUUGCAGAUGAAGGAGAGGGAGAAAUACCUUUGGUUCCCAAUGCCAUACAAACACAAUUUGCUGAUGUUGUUGAAGCAGAUAAGCAUCCUGUGAUAUUGCUUUCCAGCUCAAUUAUAAGAUUUGCUGAGCAGUGCCUAAAUCCUGAAAUGAGAGCAUCAAUUUUCAGUCCUCGACUUAUGGAGUCAAUUAUAUGGUUCCUUGCAAGGUGGUCUCGCACUUACCUAAUGUCUUCAGAUGGGGCUGGAGACAACAUCUUGAAUUCCGGUCCUCUUCAUCAACAUAGUUCCAAAGAGGCUUUGAUUAAUUUCUUUGGAGAGCAUAACCAAGGAAAAAUUGUCCUCGAUAUUAUUGUUCGCAUAUCCUUGAUAACGCUUACAUCAUAUCCAGGGGAAAAGUUUCUGCAGGGCCUCACUUGUUACCAGUUAUUUCAUUCAUUGGUUCAGCAAAAGCAUGUAUGCGUCCAUCUUGUUACUCUGAAUUCAUGGCAUGAACUGGCAACUGCAUUUUCCAUUGAAAAGACCUUAUUCUUAUUGGACACUGCUCAUCAGCGAUCACUUGCUCAAACGCUUGUCCGUUCAGCUUCAGGCAUGAGUUCAGAAGCAUCAAACCAAUAUGUAAGAAAUCUUAUGGGUCACAUUGCAACAUAUUUAGUGGAACUGUCCAGCAAAAGUGAUUUCAAAAGUAUCGCUCAACAACCAGAUAUCAUCUUGUCGGUCAGCUGCUCAUUAGAACGGCUACGUGGAGCUGCAAGUGCUUCUGAACCUCGAUCACAGAAGGCACUAUAUGAGCUAGGAUUCUCUUUAAUGAAUUCUGUACUGGUUCUUCUGGAGGUCUAUAAACAUGAGUCUGCAGUUGUCUACCUGCUGCUUAAAUUUGUAGUUGAUUGGGUUGGUGGACAAAUUAUUUACUUGGAGGCCCAAGAAACUGUUGCUGUUGUUGAUUUCUGCAUGCGCUUGCUUCAGCUCUACUCAUCUCAAAAUAUUGGCAAGAUAUUGAUAAGUCGUUCAGGCUGCUUACUCAGUGAGGCUAAAACAGAGAAGUAUAAAGAUUUGCGUGCCCUUCUUCAACUCCUUACCAGUCUUUGUUCUAAAGACAUGAUUGAUUUUUCAUCAGAUUCAAUUGAGACCCAAGGCACAAACAUAUCUCAGGUGGUUUACUUUGGUCUCCACAUAGUCACACCUUUGGUUUCUAUGGACCUCCUGAAAUACCCUAAACUUUGUCACAGUUAUUUCUCUCUUCUGUCACAUCUGUUAGAGGUUUAUCCUGAGACAUUUGCACAACUAAAUAGCGAAGCCUUUGCUCAUGUACUCAGAACCCUUGAUUUUGGUCUCCAUCAUCAGGAUGGAGAUGUGGUGAGCAAGUGUCUUAGAGCUCUCCAAGGUCUUGCGUCAUACCACUACAAGGAGAACGUUGCGGGUAGAAUAGGUUUAGGUGCGCAUGCCACAGGUUUAAAGGAUUUAAAUGGAAACUUGCAGGAAGGCCUACUGAGCUUGUUCCUUCGUUCAUUGCUUCAGUUACUUCUUUUCGAAGAUUACAGUUCUGAUUUGAUCAGCGCUGCAGCUGAUGCUCUCCUUCCACUAAUCCUUUGUGAGCAAGGCCUCUAUCAGAGAUUGGGGAAUGAAUUGAUCGAACGGCAGUCUAGUCCAAGACUCAGAUCAAGAUUGGCAAAUGCAUUGCACACACUAACAAGUGCUAAUCAGCUUUCUUCCUCCCUUGAUCGAAUGAAUUACCAACGAUUUAGGAAAAAUCUAAAUAGCUUCUUAAUUGAAGUUCGUGGCUUUCUGCGAACAAUGUGAGAUGAUCAAAUAUUUUUGCCUGGUGUUGUAUAGAAGAUAUAUAGGACCAUGCUAGUUGAAACAGCAGCUGGAGGAGGAAAUUUUUUGGAGAUAAGUGGCGGGCUGGUAAGAGUUUUUCAAGUUACGGAAACAUCCUAUCCUAUCGUCUCAUCGCAUUCCUGUUUCCAAUGGUGAAAUUGACGAGAUACGUUACGAGACGUUAUCGGGAAAGCAUAUCGAUGCCAAGACAUUUCAGGGCAGAAUUUUCUUCGCUGGGUCAAAUCUAUUUUGGUUUAUCUUCAUUGUUGUAUGUAUUCUGAAAUUUUGUUUUCGUAAAGUAUAUUCGAUUGAUCCAUUCGUGAUUCAAGCAUUUGCAAAA